AUGUCAGGUGAUCAAGGGCCUAAAGAUUCUGCUGAAGGGUCUUCACGAUCUAGCGGCGAUCACCACCAGCCUCAAACGGCUCCUUUGAGCCGGUAUGAGUCGCAGAAACGGCGAGACUGGAACACUUUUGGGCAGUACUUGAAGAAUCAGAGACCCCCAGUUUCGCUUUCUCAGUGUAAUUGCAACCACGUGCUUGAUUUCCUUCGGUAUCUCGAUCAGUUUGGCAAGACUAAGGUUCAUCUACAUGGCUGUGUCUUUUUUGGACAACCUGAUCCUCCUGCUCCUUGUACAUGCCCUCUAAGGCAAGCUUGGGGAAGCCUUGAUGCCCUAAUCGGACGGCUUCGAGCAGCUUAUGAGGAGCAUGGAGGAUCAGCAGAGACUAACCCUUUUGGAAAUGGAGCUAUUCGGGUUUAUUUGCGUGAAGUGAAAGAGUGUCAAGCCAAGGCAAGAGGGAUUCCUUACAAGAAGAAAAAGAAGAAGAAGACUCAAAUAAGGCCAAGAGACGAAGCAAAGCCUUCGAUGCAGUCAGCUUAA